AUGGUGGCCGUCGAGAUGCCUCCCUUGGCAGUGUCAGCCAUCGGCAUCCCUGCGGCGGGAAUCGAGCAGAAGAGCGGGGUGACAUACUUCGGUGUCGAGGUCAUGCCGGAGACUGGUGCCACCUACCGUCUUCAAAAGAGGUACAAUGAGUUCGAUGCCUUGAAGGAUAGACUGGCAAGGAUUGCGCCGGGAUCGAUGAUUGAUCGUGGCUUCCCCCCGAAGCAUCUGUUCAGCUGCGAGGGUGCCAAACUGGAAGAGCGACGGCACGGCCUGGAGCAAUGGCUCAAAGGUGCCCUGAACCAUCCCAACGGCCGAGGAGCCUGGUGCUUGGAGCUGCGGGGCUUCCUGGAGGUUGGCCAGAUCCACACGCUCGCACCCGGAAUGGUAGCAGAGAGUCCUGCAGUGUCGGCCCCGCCUGCACCGGAGGGACAGGCAUUGAAGAUCCUCGUGCCGGACGGUGUGGUGGCUGGACAGGUCCUGGCAGUCACGGUCCCUGAUGGAAGACAGCUGAACUUCACGGUCCCUGCCGGCUUUCCGCCCGGAUCCGAGCUGGAGCUUUGGUUCGAUCCUGCCGCAGGCAGUCUGAGCCCCCUGGUCUAG